UUCCUUCACUCGCGCGUCGCCUCUCUCUCUCUCUCUCUCUCUCUCGCCUCGCGACGCUCCCUCUCGGACUCUCAGUCACGCCUCCGGCGGCCUCGCGCACGACGCGCCACCCUCCGCGGCGGACCUCGCCGGCGAUCUUCUCUCCAGGAACUUUUCACGUUUUGAGUCCGAAUCCUUAUAUUCUAGAGAGAGAUGGAGGAGAGGAAAUCACCGGCGCAGGCACAGCAGCAGCAGCAGCAGCAACUGCUGAUGCAACAGCAGCAGCAACGGCAGCAGCAGCAGUUCUUGCUCCUCCAGCAGCUGCAGAAGCAGCAGCAGCAGGCAGCCGCCAUGUCACGGUUCCCGUCCAACAUCGACGUGCACCUCCACCCUCCAGGGCUCUCCCACCGCCAAAAUCAGCAGAACCCUACUGUCUCCGCCCCUAAUUUGCAGCAUCAACAGCAGCACCAACAGCAGCAGCAGCAGCAACAGCAGCAACAGCAGCAGCAACAGCAACAGCAGCAGCAGCAGCAGAAGCAGCAGCAACAGCAACAGCAGCAACAGAAGCAGCAGCAGAACCAGCAAUUGCAGCAGCAGCAAAAGCAGCAAUUGCAGCAGCAGAAAGUGAUUCGACCGGGAAAUCAGGUGGAAUUGCAGAUGGCGUACCAGGACGCCUGGCGUAUUUGUCACCCAGACCUCAAGCGCCCCUUCUCUUCUCUCGAAGACGCCUGCAACAGGUUGCUGCCUUACCAUGUGAUAGCAGAUUAUGAGGCUGAGGAAGACGAUAGAAUCCUUGAUUCUGACACGACAGGUCAGAUUCCUUCUCGUUCACAGCAGUGGGAUCAUAGCAUUGCGGCCAAAGUGGCCGAGUUUGCUUCGACAUUUGAGAAACAGGCCCUUGCGUUCAACAUAAUAACUCACAAACGAGCUUUAGGAGAUUUCCGUUCUGAGGAGAGGUUGAUGAGUGAGCAGUUGCUGUUUCAAGAGGAAAAAGGGGCAAUGCUGGAAUUAAGGGCUGAAAUUGAGUCGAGAGAGAAAGCUGGGAGGGAGGCUCAGUUGCGCAUGGCGGCGAUGGCACAGGCAGAGCAAGCUAGAGUUGGGUCACAGGCUCAUGCUGAAAUGAUGGCUCAAGGCCCUAUUAGGGCAAAUGCUCGCGGAUCUCAAGACAAUGAUAUUCCUAUGAAUCACGACUUGGAGGAGCAGGAAAAGGGUGUUAACCCGGACGAGAUGAUCAAUGGGUGGGCAAAUAAUGGACAGAGAGACGAGAAGGAACCAUCUGAAGAUUUCUUAAACGAUGAAGAGACCGACAAUGGUGAGACGGCCAUGCAGAGCGAUUGGCGUGAAGUCGGUGAAUUUGAUUUAAAUGCUAGAUAAACAUGGACAAGAAUAAGAUCAUGUUGUAGCAUUCUUUUGAUGAUAUGAUGUACUUUCGCUGGAAGAAUGCCUUGGUUGAAUAGGGAAGAAUAUGAACCACACAGCCAUUUCUAUCAUAGUCUUCUUGUUUUCUAACUUCUUCGAUUCUACUUCUUUCUUCUUAAUUUAAAUGGCUUCCUGCUUUGACCAUCAGAGGGAGGCAUUCCUUGA